AUGAAGCCUGAGGCCAUGAGUAGAUACACCAGACCAGUGAACUUGGCUAUCUUCCCCCAUCUGACCACAGUGCAGUUGGCCAUUGGCAUCUUUUUCACUGCCUGGUUCUUUGUUUAUGAGGUUACCUUCACCAAAUGCCCUUGGGAUAUCUACAAAGAGCUUCUCAUCUCCUUGGUAGCACUGCUCUUCAUGGGCUUUGGAGUCCUCUUCCUGUUGCUCUGGUUUGGCAUCUAA